GCGGCGGCGCGGCCGGCCGGGACGCCCGGACCAUGCUGGCGUGCCUGCAGCGGACCCAGAACCCCCCAGGCCAGCACCUCGCCUGCCCCAACAAGGCGCUGGAGCCGCGCAAGUGCGAGACGGCGGCACCCAUGCAUUCCCCGCGUUACCCCAGCCCCGCCGAGCUGGACGCCUAUGCACAGAAGGUGGCCAACAGCCCGCUGACCAUCAAGAUCUUCCCCACCAACAUCAGGGUCCCACAGCACAAGCACCUUAACCGAACGGUCAACGGCUACGACACCACGGGGCAGCGCUACAGUCCCUACCCCGUGCAUGCCAGCGGCUACCAGGGCCUCCUGGCCAUCGUCAAGGCCUCCGGCAAAAGCGUGGUGAAGAACGCGGAGGGGAAGCGGACUAAGCUGUCGCCCGCCCAGGCCGGCGUCGCUCCCUACCCAGCCUCAAGCACUUUAGCUCCAGGCCCUUCCUGCGCCGGGCAGCUGAGCUACCACGGCAGCCAGAAGCAGCUGGAGGGCCCCGUGCCCCCCAACGUGACGGUGGCGGCCUCGGCGCUGCCGCUGGCGGGCAGGAGCCUGGCGCUGCCGCCCUCCAACCUGCCCUCCAUCCAGAGCAUCAUCUACCAGCUCAACCAGCAGUGCCAGGCCCAGGGCUCCCAGCCGGCCUGCCCGGCCCUGGCGGGCGCCCACCCCAGCCCGGCCAAGCACGGCGCCUUCCCCGCCGUGGCCUCGGCCGGGGCCUACGCCGGCGCCGUGCUGCCGGACUGCCGCAAGGGAGCCGAGCUGGCGCUGGGCUCCAACCCGGCCCUGGCGCCCAAGGCGGGCCUUUACCCCGACGGCGUGGACUACCUGCUCUGGCAGCAGAAGCAGCAGCAGCACCUGCGAAUGUACAGCGGGGGCGGCAGCGGCGGCGGGGGGGCCCUCAGCAAGUCCCCCGAGGCUUGCGCGGGCGCCUCGCGCCCCUACGGGCCGGGGGCGGCGGCGGGCGAGAAGGUGAGCUCGUCGCCCUUGAACUGCAUGCACGGCAACUUCUCGGUGGGGCAGUACUUCGCGCCGCCCUGGAACAGCGUCCUGGUGACCCCCAACAGCGACUGUUACAACCCGCCCGAGCUGGGCCCCGCGCCCCGCGAGCUCGGCGUGCUGCCGGCCGAGGGGCUGCCCAGCAAGACGCUCUGCAACACCUCCAUCCUCAGCAGCAGCCUCCAGUCGCUGGAGUAUCUCAUCAACGACAUCCACCCGCCCUGCAUCAAGGAGCAGAUGCUGGGCAAGGGCUACGAGACCGUGUCUGUGCCAAGGCUCUUGGACCACCAGCACGCUCACAUCCGCCUGCCCGUCUACAGAUAAGGAGCGGCUGCUGCUCUUCCCAAAGCCAGGGCGACGGCCGGGACG